AUGGAACCACCCACAUUACGAAAUAAAAUGGGCAAGGGUAAGUCAGCGCUUCCCCCAUCAGAAAAGCAAAUGGGUGACACUCCUGGGGUUAUCAAUUUUAGAAUGCUUGGUGUUGAUCAUGCUUUUUCCUUAACUGAGUUCAAUUUGACUUGUGGGUUCAUUACCCUUGAAUUUGCCCAUUCUGUUGAAUAUGAGGAGGCACUGUGUGACUUCCCUGAUGAUUUUGACCCGGCCACAUCUUGCCCAUCACUCUCUUCUGAUGACAGACCUUAUCAUGCAAGCACCUCUCGUUCCACUUAUCUGCGCUCACCAGACUUACGAAUUAAGAUCAAUCUUGCAGCUUGGUUGGGCAGACAAUUCCUUUUUAUGGCUAAGAAAAAGAGAGGACAUUUAUGCUUAGGUUCAAUCAUUACUUUCAUUGCUAUCAAAUUGGGUGUUUUGGACAUGAAUAAGACUAACAUGCAAAUUGCUUGUGAGAUGGAACCCUUGGAUUUUGAUUGUUUACACAGGAUGGGAGUUGUCUCUAAAGACAAAGAAGGGCAUUACCGCAUUGCUCCACCUGGACUAGGCCUUGCACCUCGGAUAAUUCGUUCCAAACGUAGCAGACCAACAACCACCGAAUCAGAUGAGGAGGCUGCUCCUUCCAAUACCUCAAUUUCACUAACACAAUUGAAGGAGCAACAGGACCGCAUGGAGAAGAACUUGAUGGCAUACUUUGCUCAUGUUGGGUUUAGCCCUCCCUAUCCACCACCAACUUAG